AUUUCGACUGAAGUUGAAGUAGCCUCUUCGCGGCUUCAAACAGUGCGUCGAGAAGAAUGGAAGAGCCGAAAAAAGGCCUUCAGUGUUUAUCGCUUAACUUGUCAAAAUCUCUCCAAUGCGACCGGUAAUCUCUCCACCAAUAACUCGGCUAGUAGCUUUGGCAAUGGGAGUGUGGACAGUGGGAGUAGAACUGCAACACUCCUUCUGCGAAAGCAAACACCGCAAAGUCCAUCGAUUUCAUCUCGAUCAUCCUUCAGGACACUGGGUAGGAGUUCGUCUCUUCGAAGAGUGGCUACUCUAUCAACAACUCGACCCUCAAUGGAAAUGAGUGGGUCUGGUGGUCAGUCAGUUUUACCGGCCAAGGUUAGUGUUCCAGAACAUUCGGCUGCAAGAUCUGUUUGGAGAACCUUUUUUGACCUCUACCGGUCAAGUAUGGCCAGCGAGGAGGCUCGAAUUGAUCUGCAUUCGGCUCUAUAUCAGAAUACUUUCAAAUUAUUUGACCUCGAACGAUUGAGGUUGACUACUCUCCACGAAAUCCUGGAAUCUUAUCGAUCGGCAAUAAUCAACUUCUCACAAAUAAUCGACACGGCCUUUAAAUCCACAAAGGAAUCAGUGGUAAAGGCUAAUCCCGAAGAGGAUUUUCUCUCUUUCCAUGGAAAAGCUGUUCCAGAGUCAGAUGCUACUUCGGAUCAAUCAAGCAAUACAACGCCCUCCCGCCUCACCAAUCACAGUCUAGGCUUUCAUCACAAACGCAAACCACAGCCAAUGGCUGUUGUCGGUCGAACCCAGCAAAAUCUGCUCAGUUUUCCCGGUGAAGAAGAUAGUCUUUAUGCGCCCUCGGAGGCAAUCCAUCGGCAUAAUAUCAGGAAAACCCUUCAAAAACAAUUCCUAGUAUUUCCCGAAGAGGUUCCCAAUAUUGAUGACGAUGAUGAAUUAGCUGCUUCCACAAAGAAAUCUGAGAGAGCUGCAUUCGCCCGCCAAUUGCUGGUGUCCAUUCUUGAAAUCCUUGUUCGAGACUGCCAGAAGGAGGAAAGGACGAAACAGGGUCUGACAAAUCUUGUAACAGUCUAUUCCUCAAAACCCGUGUUCACUGAUGACGCCACUUUAAUUGAAGCGCGGCGGCGUCUCUUCUCCUCGCGAUGUCGUCUAGGCCAUCUUCUUGCCUGUCGUGCACGUCUAGCCUGUAUUUUUCAUCAUCUCUCCUCCUCGGUUCAUUCCAAUUCCCUUCAAAAUCGACUACUUGGCGCUGGUUUCGCCCCUAAUGAGUCAGAUCAGACAUUCACACGACGUGUAGACGUCUCAACUCCUCCACAUCCACCUUCUAUCCAACUAGAAUGGCCUCCAGUUACUCUGGAAGUCUCAAAUCUUGAAAGCAUACCUUUGACUGAAUUGGAUGUUGUUAACCCUCUUCUUGUAAAUGAUAAAUCGCGAUUUAGCUGGAUUGUUCAAGCUGAUAGUCUGUUUGGAUCAACUGGAGGGUCUUCAUCUAUUGAAGACAAUGACGACGAUGUUGAGGGCGUUAGUAGCAACGAUGAAGACGUAUUUGAUGAAAAGAGCACCGGAUAUCCUAAAUCUGUCCCACUGACGCUUGAUAAGCCUACUUCGACUUAUCAGAUUUUAACGCCUGUUGCGACAAAUGGAAAUUCAACAAAGUCGGAAAAUGGAGUUAAGAAAACGGUAACGUCUCCGAAUAGGACCACGAUCGAAAGGUUCCCAGUGCGAUCAGCAGGAACUGUUUCUCGAAAUAUCAGCUCCCAGAUGUCUUCCCCACCUCCACCAACAACCAGCCAAAAGACCCAAGCUAGCGCCAAACCCCUAGUUAAUUCAACCCCUUCAAAGAUUGUAGCUCCCUCGAAAGUUCGAACGCCACCAAAAUCGACUCUUCAAACGACUAAAUUAGUCUCAUCCACAAUUCCUGCUAAAAGAACCACUUCCAGACAGUCUAUUUCCAGUCCAGUCAAGCAACCCGAACGGAAAAUACUCACGUCUACAUCAACAACAGCGACAUCGAAAUCCACUAAACCCACUCCCAAAACCACCACAACAAUUUCGAAAUCGAAACCACUCAACAUCUCUCGGUCCAAAUCCUUGACCAAGUCCCCCACACCAAAUAAUGCAAACGACUCUCCUGCAUUUAUGGAUGAAGAGGAUAUAGAGGAAGAUUUAAAGAAAACCCUUCCAGCUGUGCAGCCACAGGCUGCUUUGCAGACUACGGUCCAGGAGAAAAGGAGGAUUACCCUGGAGCGUGUCAAUGGUUGCGGAGACAAGCUAGAGGCCAUGCUAGUAGAGGAGGCCAACACAACGACAGCAAAAACUGAAGAAGGAAACCCAGUUGAAAAGAAGAAGAGUUCAUCCCGUUUGUUCUCGCGUUUGGCAGUUGGAAGCAAUAAAAAAUCGAAGAAUCAACGGCCGCAGAUUGUAACCCCGUGGCGUGUGGAACCUAAUGGUGAUGGAUCUACUCAUAACUGCACUUCUAAUAAAGAUGAGGCACCUGAAUAUUUGAAUGGGGAUACUCCCGCAGUGGCAAUUUCACCUCCAAAAGAUCCACAAGAUCCCCUACAAAUGUGGCCUUCUCUAGCGAGCCUCAGUUGCAUUGGUUGGGCAAAAGUUGUCUCCGACUAUUCGCCGUGCAAUCCUGGGGAGCUUGCCUUGCUGGAAGGCGAUAUAGUGAGUAUUCUCCAAAAGACUACAGCAAAUUGGUGGCUUGGAGAAGCUGGAGGUAAAAGUGGACGUUUUCCAGUUUCCUGCGUAGAAGAAUUCUGA